GACGGCACUACUCAGACUGACUUGCUCGAGUAAACACUGGCGGCUGUGGCCGACACAAGAGAGACUCUGUCUAGUGUGUCUUUUUCUUUAACGUUCUUCAAGAGCAGUCCUUGAGGUAGGCCCAGUUGGCCCCAACUCAUCCCAGCCAAGAGGGGGCCAGGUGUGCUGUACCUUGCAACUUUUGAACCCUGGAACUCUACUGUAGAGCAGUAUGACUCUUCUGGGCUCUGAACACUCAAUACUGAUACGAAGCAAGUUCCGAUCAGUAAAUCAUGGCAAGUUCCCCAAGCAAGAGGACUCGUACGCAUUUGAGGAGGACAGCAGCAGUGAGAGUUUGUCUCCAGAUCAGCACCACAGUGAUGACUCUCAGGGCUCUGCCUGUCCUUCAUCCGAGGUUGUCAGCAGCACAGCCUCCUCUUCCUCACCUGGGCUCACUAGCACACAACAGGAGGGCACAACCAGAGACCCACUUGACCAAAGCCAAGAUGAAGGACUGUCUGCAGCGAGCACCAACCAGGCGACUCCUCCAAUACCAGUUCCUGCUAUUGUCAAGUCCAAGACCGCAGACAAGAGCCGCCAUAAGAAGCCCAAAGAUGUGAAGCCAAAAGUGAAGAAGCUGAAAUACCACCAGUACAUUCCCCCUGACCAAAAGGCUGACAAGUCGCCCCCACCGAUGGACUCGGCCUAUGCUCGACUCCUCCAGCAGCAGCAGCUCUUCCUGCAGCUACAGAUCCUCAGCCAGCAGAAACACGCUCACACUCAUUCGCAGUCGCAGCAGCAGCACGCUGCCUUGAUGAUGCAGGGCCAGGCUCAGCAGAGACAACCUGCCUUUACUUACCAGCCUCACCCGCAGGCACACCUGCACAAGGGGACGAGUGACCAGCUGCCAGCUUGUACCCCCAAUGGUCCAUCUAACCCGGGAGACAGCAACCCGUCCUCACCUGUCAAGACGCCAUAUCCCAGCCAAAACAACAUCUCUCCCGUCAAACCUGGGCCCCUGCCAGCCAAUCUGGAUGACCUUAAAGUGUCUGAGCUAAGGCAGCAUCUUCGUAUCCGUGGCUUGCCAGUCUCCGGCACCAAGACGGCUCUCAUCGAGCGACUCAGGCCCUUCCGGGAUUCUAAUACUGGAUCCUCCCCAUCUGGGUCCUCCGAUAUCACCACAGUGACCUUCCCCGUCACUCCAAUGGGGUCACUGUCCUCUUACCAGUCUCCAUCCUCCUCCAGUACCCUGUCCCAGGGAGGCUAUUACCCUUAUCCCAGCAACUCCUCUACACCUCCAAUCUCACCAGCAUCCUCUGAGCUCUCCCUAAGCGGCUCACUCCCAGACAGCUUCAGCGAUGUCCCCAUGUCCUCUCCAUCACAGUUCGCUCCACAGCAGUCAUCCCCUGGCCAACUCAGCAUGGAUGACGGGCUUGGCGGAUCGCGGAUAGGGGAGGGUGGAGGGAUGGAGGGCAUGGAGGCAGCGAAAGACAAAAUGCUGGUUGAAAAGCAGAAGGUGAUUGAAGAGCUGACCUGGAAGCUUCACCAGGAACAAAGACAGGUUGAAGAGCUGAAGAUGCAGCUUCACAAGAGGAAGCGCUGUUAUGGAGCCACUGCAGGCACCAUUACUACAUCUCACAAUCCCUCCAUGCACCAUCAGACCAUGAUGGGUCAGCAUUCCUUUGAGGUGAACAUCAAACAAGAACCCAUGUCACUCUCCUCGAGCUGCCCACUUUCCUCUCCCAAACAUAUCAAGAGCUCUUCGGGGAACUGCUUGGAGGACAUGAGACACUGCAGCACCGUGCUCCACAAUAUGGGGGGGCAUUGUGGACCCCAAUGUAUGGACUCGGACCCAUCCUCAGGCAGCCCGUCCACCAUGACUGCUUUCCUUAGUCCGCAGGGCUCGCCGCCAGACUCCUCUAUCGGAAAACCAAUCGGAAGCCCCCAGCCUUCGUCUCCGAACAUUCCCUACAUGCUGUCACCUCUUGUGGGGAGGGAAGGCUGCAAUCAGCCCAACUCCCACUGCAGUGCCAGAGCGUCCAAUUUGCAGGUACCUCACAAGAGUGCUCAGCCCAUCAACUGCUCUUAUCCUUCUGAACAAAGAGGCCUUCAAGGACUUUAUUACAACACAGCUGAUUAUGGGCUCGCUCAGAAUGGCUUAGUCAAACCUGGCAACCCAACUAUUCAACCAAAGCAGCUGACCAGAAGCCAGCAGAUGGAUGAACUUUUGGAUGUUCUCAUAGAAAGUGGAGGGUACCCCAGCCUGCUCCUUCCGAGGUUCCACCGCCACUACGAGCACCAGGCACCCACACCGCUCCAUUACGACCACCUGGAGACUUUGCUGGGUCCGAUGAGCAGGGGCGGGGACGGCGCCGCUCUUAAAAUGGCCACAGACGGUGGGCAGCAAGAAGAUGGCGGCAACAGAGACAGCCAAGAUUACAGCGGCCCUCAUGACUACCAGUGUCACUCUCACCAUCCCCAGCAGGACAAGGUUGGGGCAAACAGAGAUCCGAUGGACACACCUCUCUCGCCCCUCAGCAAGGUGUCUGCUCUCCCUGAGGUGCAAGGGAUGGUCAGUAUGGCAUUCAGUGAGACGCCGUGGGAGACGAUGGAGUGGCUGGACCUCACUCAGCCCACUUCAAGCCCGGCCUUGAAUGUUCCAACGCCAAGUAUGCCCAGCAUUUUCAACACAGAGUUCCUGGAUGUCAGCGAUAUUAACUUGAACUCCGCUAUGGACCUUCACCUGGAGCACUGGUGAAUGCAGAAAUAAUGCAAUAUUGUUAACUAUCCAAAGCUUAUACAUCAGCUUUUUACCUUUUCAACCCCAAAUACCCCCGCAACCAGGCCCUGGCUGUAUUGCUGCAAUAUUAGUCAGAACACUAAUAGUUAAUAGACUAUUUUAACCCCUUCUUAAUACAGGAUUAUUUUCCCCCUGAAACUACCCAGAAGCAGACGUGUUUAUCUAAGAAUGUGUCUAAGUUCUACGAACACCAGUGUGAAUGGACUGAAACAGGUGUCAAUAAUUUAGGACAUACCGUAUUUUUCGGAGUAUAAGUCGCACCUGCCGAAAAUGCAUAAUAAAGAAGGAAAAAAACAUAUAUAAGUAUAAGUCGCAUUUUUGGGGGAAAUUUAUUUGAUAAAACCCAACACCAAGAAUAAACAUUUGAAAGGCAAUUUAAAAUAAAUAAAGAAUAGUGAACAACAGGCUGAAUAAGUGUACGUUAUAUGACGCAUAAAUAACCAACUGAGAACGUGCCUGGUAUGUUAACAUAACAUAUUAUGGUAAGAGUCAUUCAAAUAACUAUAACAUAUAGAACAUGCUAUACGUUUACCAAACAAUCUGUCACUCCUAAUCGCUAAAUCCCAUGAAAUCUUAUACGUCUAGUCUCUUACGUGAAUGAGCUAAAUAAUAUUAUUUGAUAUUUUACGGUAAUGUGUUAAUCAUUUCACACAUAAGUCGCUCCUGAGUAUAAGUCGCACCCCCGGCAAAACUAUGAAAAAAAACUGCGACUUAUAGUUUGAAAAAUACGGUAUUUUGAGUCCUUACAAUUCAAUUUUGACAAUCAUACUACCAAAAUUGACUAUUUUAAGCAAGUUUUCCCAAAGUUAGGAUCAGCAAUUCCAAAGAUGUGCAUGGAAACAUGCAUGCACACAAAGGUUCAUAUGCUUCUUGACACUAUCGAGUCUUUAAAGACCAUUUUGUCGGUGUCCGAUUUACUCAGCUGCCCAAUUUGACUUUCUUUUUUUUUAAACAACGGUUCGCCAAAGUAUCCACUGAUAACCUGAAAUAAUCAAAAAACCACACUUUAAAAAUUAAAAUGACUUUUAUCCAUCCACAUCUUUAAUAAUGGAAAUUUGAAGCUGCCCUCAGAGCUAAGAAGAGAUUCUUAGCUCUGAAUUCGGGUGACAUCAUUGGUGGUUACUUGCCGUAACUAAAUAAAGCUUGCAUUUCAUGCUUACAAUUGAAGUACCAUAUUUUUCGGACCAUAGGGCGCAACAUAUUAUAAGAGGCAGAGUCUAUUCAGGUCUAUUUUCUUGUGGUCUGCAUAACAUGUAAUGGUGGUUCUUUGGACAAAAUAUUGCAUAGAUGAUGUUUUACAGACCAUCUUCAAGUCGUCUUCUGACCGUCGCUUCUUAUUUACGUGGCUCCACUUCGACAGCGUCUUCUCCCCGUCAUCUUUGAUCUAGCGGUAGUUUUUAGAGCUUCCAUAGCGGGUCUACUGACAGAUAUAAGUUAGAACUGUAUGCUACUUUAUAUUAAAAAAUGGCAACAUCAGAGUAUGAAUGCCCCACAAAUAGAAGAUAGAGGACAAAGAAGGAGCUUAUUGACUAUGGACUAUAAUGACAGACGCAAGCUAAUUUUCAGGACUUAUGCAGAUCCCAAAUACACAUUAGCAGGAACCAAUAGGUAAGAAAAGUUGGUUUUGCAUAAGAGGUCGAACCAAAACGCCAGAUAAUAGGUGCAAUUUUGCAGUCCUUAUACACGCACCAUAAUAAUACCCGUAUGUUGAAGCAGAGUAUAUCUGACUAGGGUAGCUGUAAUCAGGGGCGCCGAAAAGGGGGGGUAAAGGAGACGGAUUCUAGGGGCCCAUGGUGGAGGGGGCCCAGAGAGGCCCCGAAUGAUGAUGAAAUUAUAAUACAGAAAAAAUAAUGACACUGUGUUGGGGGGCCCUGUAAAGAUUCUUUUCAUGGGGCCCAAAAUCCCUAGCGGCGCCCCUGGCUGUAAUGCUCCGACAAUCCAUCAAGCGGUGCGGUUUCGUAGCUUACCAAAGUUGUACUAAAACAUUUUGACAGAUUUUUGAGCGCCGUGUGUAAAGUUCUAUAUUCUCAAUUAAACAUCAAAGUUUUGGUGUCUCUUACUUACCUGUACUUGCUAGCGUCAACCCAUGUAUCUCUUAUGUGUGACUGCCGCCACCUACUGGUCACACUUAUCAUUACACCAUGUACCGAAUAAAAUUGGUUCAGGGCUUGUAAGCACAACCAGAAAAUGAAAGGAUUUUAAGUGCGCCUUAUAGUCCAAAAAAAUAUGGUACUCUGUUUUUUUUUAAAUAAUUUCGCUAUCCAAACACUUUGAAUACACAUAUGUUGGUAUUUUUGUAAUAUUUUGUACGACUCACAGUCGUGUUGUUUUGGGGGCCACAUUUCCAUUAAGCUAAGGACCAGGCCAAAUGAUGAAAAAGAGAGGACCUAUAAUGGAAACUUGAGGAUCACCACUAGUAAAACUGAAGAAGUUGAACAAAUGACUACUAACUGCAUCUGAAGUAAAACAAAUCACAGCAACACCUCAAUUACCUGAAUCACAUGACAACAUUACAAAAUUUAACCGCCAAAAGAAGCGCCUCAGUCAUGUAAAUCACAAGUUCGGACCCUAGUGUUCUGUGUGUGGUAGCAAGGUUAAAAUGUCAAUGCAAGGAUCUGCCAAUGUAUUUACAGUGGGAAAGUUCUCUCCUGUUUUUAGGAAUUUGCUGCAAAAAUGUUUGUCUCCAAGUUUUUAACGGAAAAGUCCUGCUCAGUAGCACGGCAGGAAUUUGCUAUGUUUCCUCAUGCGCGACGCAAAUGCAACACAUGCGCUGAUAAUUGGGCAGUUCAAUAAAUCGGGUAGUGACAGUCAGAAUUGUCUGUAAAUAAAAACUUUAAAUGACCACGUGGGUUUUGCUGACUUACGCAGAUGUUCCUUGUUUCUUUAAGAAAAGUCUACCAAUCAACCAGCCGAUUAGUGUUUUCACACUUUUAUUGGCUGUUCAAUGUGUCAAUCAUCAUCAGGAUUAGAUGUGAUUGGCCCAAGCUAUGUACGCUAAUAUAGCCAGAGCCUGGUUAGUGGUAUACUUAGGGGCUAAAAGGUCAAUUUACAAAACAAACCACAUAAAUCCACUGAAGAGUUUACCAAAGAACAGAAGGGUACUCAAUGAAACACAGACUGACUCCAAUGCUACAACAAUCCUGAUUUGAAUCGCCACAACUUUAUCGAUAGCCAGCUUCUGUUUAUUUUCUGGUAUUUAUGACAAAUGCUUCCUGCUUUCAAAAAUACUUGUAUUGUACUUUUAUUGCUCGUUUUUUGGGAAGUUUGCCUGUCGUUCACAAUCAUUGUGAAAGACAUGACGACAGAUGGAUUUUUUAAUUCAAAUAAACGUAAAUAAAAGUCUGCUUACAACGUAGCCAAUGGGAGCUCCACUAUUCCGUCCAUAAAAUCCAAUAAAUAACCAUUCAAGAAGCGCCAACAAUACUCCAUUUACAUUUUGUGACAUGAAUAUUAACCAGGUAUUAGUGAUAUUGUUAUUAUAAGAGCUAACGCAGACAAACUAUUUAUAACAGCAACGUGAUCACUUCCUGUGUCCUUAUGUUUACAUCAUCGAGUGGUCUGCUGUUUCUUCGCUUCCCUGCUCCCUUUAAGUUUAUUCUAGAUCAAAAAUUGUGCCUCUCACUUGAAAAGUAGAUGGCUGAGCAUAUAAUCUGACAAGUUGGGGCACUUUGACAGCCACAUAAGACCUGGAACUGGCAAGAACGACACGAAAAGCGCUUGGUCCCCUUCCCAUUUCUUUGUGAGGAUUAUGAGUGAUUUUUCAUCCAAAUGGGAAUAUAUGAGCAUCUUAGCAGUCAGCUUUCUAAUGACAGCAGACAUUGUACAGCAAGUGAUGGUUUAUUAUGUUUGUCGGCUCUCAUACAGUCUGCAGUGAGUAAUAAUCACUCAUGAAGAAAAAAAAGCAAACGUGGUGCAUUUUUGAAAUGAAGUAUACUUAAAAUGAUCACAAUAGGUAAAUAUUAAAUCUUAUUAUAAAUGUGCCUUUUACUACAUACUUACAUAAUGUAUAUAAAACCCUAAUGGAGGUGUUUAGAUGUUUUUAUGGGCUCUAUAGGCAGAAUUUAACGGCUUUUGAUUGCCUUUAUUUAAUAUUUAGAAUGCAUUAAAAAAAAAAAUCCAUCCGUCGUCAUGUCUUUCAUAAUGAUUGUGAACAAUAGGCAAAAUUCCCCCAAAAAGUGCAGUUCCCCUUUAAGAACAAUCUCUGAACUCUUAUUGGACAAAAUACUCUUGGGCAAUACAGUACACACUUCGACCUGAAUAAAAUACACUGAAUAUUCUUCAGACAAUAAAACACAUGUACUGUAGUACCUCAAUUUAUGAGCUUAAUACAAACCCCGUUUCCAUAUGAGUUGGGAAAUUGUGUUAGAUGUAAAUAUAAACGGAAUACAAUGAUUUGCAAAUCAUUUUCAACCCAUAUUCAAUUGAAUGCACUACAAAGACAAGGUAUUUGAUGUUCAAACUCAUAAACUUUAUAUUUUUUUUGAAAAUAAUAAUUAACUUAGAAUUUAAUGGCUGCAACACGUGCCAAAGUAGUUGGGAAAGGGCUUGUUCACCACUGUGUUACAUGGCCUUUCCUUUAAACAACACUCAGUAAACGUUUGGGAACUGAGGAAACACAUUUUUUAAGCUUCUCAGGUGGAAUUCUUUCCCAUUCUUGCUUGAUGUACAGCUUAAGUUGUUCAACAGUCCGGGGGUCUCCGUUGUGGUAUUUUAGGCUUCAUAAUGUGC